GGCUAACGCAUCAACAAUGGCUGACACCCUCUCUCUGCCCUAAACUGAGAUGUCUUUUGUCCUUCCCAUGCACACCGUUCUGUUAUGCCACAAGUGAAGUACUUGAAGAGCAUGGUGGUUUGGCAAGACAGUACCUUAUUUAAUGUUGCCACAUGGAGACACUAACAGUGCCUGUCUUGGAUCAUCCUCUUCAAGACUGGGACAGUACUUGCCUUUGUCCAGUCUCCAGACACUUUGCCUUCCUUCCAAGAAGACGAAGAGGCAGACCAAAUGGGGGACGAGUCGGUGGACACAUCUAAUGGCAGUAGGGGGGACGAGAUGUGCCGGUUGUCUGGCAGCCUGGAUGAGGAGCAUGUAGCCAUCAGCCAACUGUUAGAGUUGCCUCAUCAUGGUGAAGAUACAGCUACAGCAGUACCUCCAGAUCCACCAGAUCUCUCUCCUGGUCUUACACACAAAGUGAAUGGUGCUGUUAUACGGCGAGUUUCCUAUCAUGGAGCAGCUGGCAAGCACGCGCUCCGCCAACAAGCACGGAGAAGACGGCGGAACACUUCUAUUGCUGCUGGAAAUUCGCCUCCAAUCACUCGUGUUACAAUGAAGACGGUUGCAGCCACUUCUCCAAAUCCUACUCCCCAUGCUGUCCAACCUGCAAACACAACCACUUCCACAACUAUGGCUGCAACGGUCUCUACUUCCAUGACCACACCAACAACCUCAGCUGUUUCAGCCUCCAGUAGUACUACAACCACUUGUUUAUCUACUAGUUCAACCACAGUGGCAUCAUUAUUAUCUCAGCUCCCUGAAGCAUGUACUUCAAAUACAGCAACCUCUCCUUCACCCCCCAUUUGCAGGAUGAGUAAUAAAAUGGCUCAUUCUCCUAAUCAGUUGUCUAGUACAAGACUAAGUAACAAAACCUGUGUGUCAAGUACUUAUCAUCCAAUUCUUGGAACAAGAGUUAGCUCGAGAAUAGCAAAUAAUGCAGCUACAAGUGGACUCAGUCAUCUAAACUCUGGCACUUCAUAUAUGACAAAUCUGACUCAAAGUGGUGUUUUUCCAAAUAUAGCCUCAGGCAUUCAAGCUUCCAGAGUAGUGCGCAUCCCUGCUUGCCAGUCCUCUCCUUCAUCCCGUGAUGCCUCAUCACCCUCUAUGACAACAAUGCAAACAUAUCUUGCUGGAAUCCCAGGUUUCAAACCUCGUAAAAGGUCUCAGCGCAAACUUUCUGCUGCAGCGCAAUUAGCACAGACAAAGGAAGGGAAUGUUGACCUUGAGACUCCAGACUCAAUUCUUGCUGGUGUGAAUGUACGAGCAAUUCUAAACAAACACACCUUCAGCACUCUUCCCCCAGCCUACCAGCACAGGCUUAUACAACUCUUGCCUCAUGUGGAUCAAGCAGUCGGAACAGAUGAUGCCCUCAAAUUGACAACAACAAGCCUCAACAAUGAAUUUUUUGGUCGUGCUUGUGAGUCCUGGCGUUGUCGUCUGGGAGAAGGAGAGUUUACUCAUGAUAAUCAGAUAAAGCUAAAGGUUGAAGCUGAAAAAGAACGCACAAAGCUUGAUCCAUGGAAGGUUGCUCACUUUGAGCCACUCUGGGGAGUGAAGCAGCCAUGGUGCAGUCUAGAAGGAGAAGGGAGCAUGAGCAGCCCUUCUUCUCCCUCAGGAGACACUUUUCCUGCCUCACCUGCAGAUCUGUCCUGCACUUCACCAGCAUUCACAUCUAACUUUACACCUUCCCACAUACACCAGUUGACCAAAGUUAUUGAGCACAUUGCUAACCGUGAUCAACGAAGGACUGAAAGAAGAGCUGCCAGAAGAGCACUGAGACAAAAGAAGACUUUGUCUGAACUUUACACCUCUUCCACUCCUCCCUUAGUGUCAUCAUCUCAAUCUCAGACUACAACUUCUUCACUUCUCUCAUGCUCUGCUACUUCACAGACAUGCUCAUCACCUACAUCAUCAUCUACAUUUUCAUGUUCCAGUAUGUUGUCAACAUCAUCUGGGUUACUAGGAUUAUCUUCAGUGGGUUCCAGUAUUGCUAUCUCAUCAGUAGCAUGUGUGCCUGUCUCCUCUUCAGUUAUUUCUAAUUCUGUUACUUCAUCAGUAGCAUUAUCUUCACCAUCAGCAUCAUUAUCAUCCACAUCAUCAUCCUCAUCAUUAUCAUCAUCAUCAUCAUCAUCAUUAUCAUCAUCUGGAGCUAUAUUGGCUCCCUCUUCAGUGCUUCCUGAUCAUGUUUUGUCAUCACCAGGAUUAUCAGAAUCAUCAUGUAUAAUUGUUAAUCCAGUUUCAUCAUCAUUAGCAGCAGCAACAUCAUCCUUAACAUUAUCAUCAUCACCAGCAUCAUCUAUGUCAUCAUCAUUACCAUCUUCUUCAACAUUCUCCCCCACCUCAUCAACAUUCUCCCCAUCAUCAUCAUCAUCAUCAUCUUUGUUAACAUCAUCACCAUCAUUAUUGUCAUCAUCAUUACCACCAGACUCCUCUUCAGGAGUAUGCAAUCCCUCGACUUCAACAUCUGCAGUUCUGCUACCGGUCUCUUCACUGACUACCAGUCCUGUCUGUGUUGCUUCCACCUCGUUGUCUGUAACAAAUAGUACAGUGACGUUGAUCCCAAGCAAAGGUAACACAGUGCCAAUUGGAAACAAUGCAGUGCUUGCUGUAAGUGACAGAAAUGCUGUGCAGACUCAAAUAAUAACAUUAGAUCAAAGUGGAAUCUCAAAGGAGAGCUUGAAACGGAAAGAGUUGGUGCCUGUUACUGUGCCAGUUCCCACAAAGAAAAAGUGUGUGUCAGAUUCAGAUCAAACAAACAGUAGUGUUCCCAAAUCUGGAAGUACAUUGCACUUUGCUCAAAAGAAAUCCAGCCCUGUGAGUUCUUUUGGGGAAAGUCUUCAAUCAAAGGUUCCCAUAACUCCCAUCAUUGGCUCAUUGCGGACUGCAACCAACAUUACAAAAGUCCUCACUUCUCCAGUAGUUUCUCAGGCCAAAUCUUUGUGUUCAGGCAAACCUGCAUCAAUGCUGUUGGUUAGCUCUCCAUCUCAGUCAUCAAGUGGACAGGUUCCAUCUUCUCCAAUAUCAAGGACAUCACCAGGCAUGAGGGUAUCUCCAGGUCCUUCACCUUCACCAUCAAGACUGUCCCCAGUUGUGCAAGUGGUCCCUCCUUCAUUAGGUGCAACACUAGCCUCCAGUCCCCCAGGAACUCGAACUGUUGUCGUUACUGGACCCUCCAAACCCAUAGAAGUAGAGGUUGCACUUAGCCAGGGGGCAAAGACUAAUGUACAGACUAUUGGCUGUCUUUCAACUGUGAGUGGUGCUCCCAAAGUCAAGACUGUUAAAGCAUUGCCUCAGAGUGUGGCAAGUGGUGGAACCAUGACUGUGAAAUUGACCAAAGGCAGAACUCCAGGUGUUGUUAAUAUUCAGAGGUCAUAUGAAAUAGUUCAAGCUGUCAUUGCCAACAGCCCAAAUCGGGAUCAGUUGCAAGCUCAGCUUAAAACUCCUGCAUCCCUUCUUGCUGAAGUUAAGCCUGCCCUCAACAAUGCUGGAGUAAAUUCUGCUCUAGUUGUCAACAGCACUAAUGCCAAUGUGAGCACAUCUAACAAUAAUGGCAAAAACAACAGUAAUUUAGUAGUGCAUGCAACUCCUCAGUUGCAAACUAUUACUGUUGUUAAAGCUGUGUCUUCCAAUAGCAACAGCAGUGGUCAUAUCAUCAGCAACAAUAACAAUACCACCACCAGCACCAACAGCAACAGCAGCAGCAACAGCAUCAUUACACCUGUACAGACAGCCCAAAUAAUGACUAGCAUCCCACGCACAGUGAAACAGGUGGCUGUCACUGUUGGUAGCACCUCAGGCUCUAUGACUCAAGUGCAAGGAGGUGCUACUACUGCCACAUCAGCUGGGGCACUGGUUCUUCGCCAAAUGAUGACAUCCCAACUUGCCACCUCCCAGGUAUCUGUCUCUUCAACUCUUAGAGCUUCUGCUUUCCUGCUGGAUAAGUCACUCAGUGUUGUUUGUGGUAGUUUUGGUGAUGGUGAUAGUGGUACCAUUAGAAAAAAUUCUCAUCUAAAUUAUAUUACUCAAGCAUCAAGACAGAGAGGAAUAGAUAAUAUUGCCUCUGUAUGCAGCAGUUUUAGCAAAGUGAGUAAUGAGAACAGUGUUAUAGAAAACUGUGAGGAGAACUAUGGUUCAAAUUUUCAGGAUACCACCACAACCAUGAUGGUUGUUUCUCAUGCAAGCUGUGGGACCAUCACUAACAAUCAUUUGAUGAUGCUACAUCCGAAUAACAAUGGAAAUGGGCCACUGCUAGUUUCCAUCCCACCUGAUCACCAACCUUCUAAAUCCUGUCCUAAUCCUAAAGGGACCUCUUCCCUCCUGUCCACCCAUUUGAGCACAUCCCCAGUCUCUCCACUAGGCUUUGGGACCCCCAACAGUUUUCAAACAGCACAUUUGAUGCCUGUUCCAACUUCUUCGGUAUCUUUGUCCAAUUGCAGACCUCUCUUGGUGCAGACAGAAGCAUGUGAAGGCAGCAUGGCUCCUCCCCUUGCGUCAACAAGACCAAUCACUAUUCUUCGUCAGUCACCAUCAGGCAGGCCACUUGUGGUCAGGAUGCCUGUUUCAGGAUUGCAGGUGCUACGAUUGGGUAGCAGAGCUAAUCCCAGUGGUGACUGCAACAGUAGUAGUGAUAGUGGUAAUCAGCAACAGCAGCAACAUCCCCCAAGGGCAGCCAGUGCUCCUCCUAACAAGAGUGGUGUGAUGGUUGCUCUUUCUCCUCGACCCUCCAGUGUGGGACCCAGAAUUGUUGUACAGACUAGUAAUGCUCAAGUUUCACCUGCCAGCAUUCUUAACACAAGUGGACAUUUUUUAUCCGAAGGUGACCCCAGUUCAGGUGUAAGUAACUGUGACAAUACUCAGUUCAUCACUACACGGGCUGGGGCAUCUCCAUCACUUGUAAUAUCGUCAGAUAAUUCUGAUUAUAAUCACCCUCUCAUCAUCAGUACAACCAACAGUUUAAAGAGACCUGCAGUUAAUGUGUCUGUUGGGCCUAGCUAUAGUGGUAUAAUAUCACCUAGCACAACAUCCAUAAACACAAUAUCUGGUAGUCCUGCUCACUCACAGGCACAACAGUCAGUUUCUCAACAGCCCAUGUCCCAGCACUCAAUUGCAUCCAUAAGAUCUAAUAUGAAUAAUAUACAGCAUAUAGAUUUCCAAACUCAGAGUAGUGCAAAUAAUAUGCAACCUGUCAGUAGCUUGAACAUGCAACCUGGAAAUAACGUUCAGUCUGUGAAUAAUAUACAACACAUAGUAUCUAGUGCAAGUAUGAAUGGUAUGGCUGUUACAGGUCCUGGUAACCAAAAUUUUUCUAGUGGAAAAAAUGACACUAAUGAAGAGGGCUGCCCUUGUAAUAUGAAAGCGAUGAUCAUAUGUAUGAAGUGUGGUGCAUUCUGCCACCAUGACUGCAUUGGCCCAACAAGACUUUGUGUGGCCUGUCUCAUUCGUUAACAAUUGCCAUGUGUUCCACUCCUACCUGUAUUCACUCCAGGAAUUUUUUUAAAGGUGUAGUGUAGCUUUGGUGAGUUUUAUCUCGUACUGAAACUUUGAAUUGACAUAUAUUGUGUCAAGUUUUACUCAGGAAGGUUUUUGGACCACUCACAUAUAAACAUUAACUUCACUGAUAAGGACAUUCUGUGAAUGCUAAACUGAAAAAUGAGAUAAACAAAGGCAAAGACCAUUUCAACUUACAUUUUCUAUUGAAUUAGUUUCUUUACACUUUUAUAUUUUAGUAAAUCAUGCAAUGAAAUCAGUAAGGCAAUAGGAAGGGUUUACAGAUGAUCAGUAAUUAAACUGAUGUGACAUCUAAAGAGCAUUUAAAAAAAAUAAAAUGCACCAAAAUAUUAAUAUUUCAGAAAAGUACAGUACCUUACAUCUGCAAAAUUUUGAAUAUAGAAAAUGAUGGCAUGGGUUUUAUUAAAAGUUUUGAUUAGGCUUACUACAAGAUGAGUCAUACUAUAAAUGCCUGCUACACUUCAGGUCUGAAAUCAUAUUCCUUUCCGCUAUCAUAAAUUACAUGCAAAUAAUUUUGCCCAAGAUAUUUUCAACUGGAGAAGGAUUCCUACUUAAAAUAUCGUUUUCUUUUACUUACUUAUAUGGAAAGUGGACUCCUUACUUCCUUAAAUUUUUGUACAAUGUAACUGCUUUGACCUUGAUAGCUCAGGUUGGCCUGCAUGUAAUUCAGGUGAGAUGCACAUAUAUGCAUUCCAUAGUGACUGGGACAAGGCAUAUUCUCUCUCUCUCUCUCUCUCUCUCUCUCUCUCUCUCUCUCUCUCUCUCUCUCUCUCUCUCUCUCUCUCUCUCUCUCUCUCUCUCUCUCUCUCUCUCUCUCUCUCUCUCUCUCUCUCUCUCUCUCACACACACACAUACACACAUUUAUUCAUUCAUUCAUUCAUUCAUUUGCAUAUUUAAUUUAAUUCCCAUCAUUCCUUCAGUGACUUUGAUCCUUAUGAUCAAUCCGUCACUUUUUUUCAUGCAGUUGUCAGAUGUGAUCAUGGGUAAAGCCAGGGAUUCUGUGUUACUCCUGUGGAGUAUUAGAUUUCAUAUCUCUCAGCUGUUUGUUUCUUACACUUUCCACCAUGAUGUGAGCAAUAACUAGAGAAUUGAUAAUAUGCAAGAUUUACCUUAUAUAUUUUUUAUAUAUGUUUUUUAUUUAUUUGUUUUUAUUAUUCUUUAACUUCAGCUGAUAAAGUUUCAUAUGUUCAUUUCCACAAUUUUUCAGAAUAUAUAUAUAUAUAUAUAUAUAUAUAUAUAUAUAUAUAUAUAUAUAUAUAUAUAUAUAUAUAUAUAUAUAUAUAUAUAUAUAUAUAUAUAUAUAUAUAUAUAAACACACACACACAUAAGGUAAAUUAACUAUGAAGUGCAAAAUAAUAACCUAAAGUAAUUUGAUUUAACUUAAAAAGAAUCUAAGCAUUUGUACCAAUAUGAUGCCCGUGAAUUGUUUUUGUUUUAUAAAUAAAAAUUGAGCAUCAGAUUUUUUCUCCAAGGCUGUUGAUAGUUGCAUUGCUGUUAUUAAUUAUGCAAAAAGCAAAUUUAGUUGCUGUUACCUGCAGCCAUUGAUAUUUUCACCUUUUUCUUGUUUUUUGUGCAUAAUUGUUGUGAAUAUUACAAAUUUCACUAUUUUUUGUCAGAAUGAUGUACAAAUUGUAAAAUAAGGAUUUGUGAGUUUCAAGCAUAGAAUAAAGCUUUGUUGGUAUUUAUGCAUGUAUAAUAUGUGCUAAAAAUAUUGUGAUUAGUGAUGAAAUAAAGAAACUUUUCA